AUGGUGCUCGCGCAGCUGGGUGGGAGCAUCUGCCACGCGCUCGCGCAAAUGAGCAACAUCACGGUGAUCGACGAGAAGGUGCUCGGGGAGUGCCUCAACGAGAUCUCCCACGCGCUCCUGCAGUCUGACGUCCGGAAGAUCGUCAACCUCGAGACCCUCGCUGCUGGUACCAACAAGCGGCGCAUCAUACAACAGGCCGUCUUCAGGGAGCUUUGCAGCAUGCUGGAUCCAGGGAAGCCGGUCUUCACCCCCAAGAAGGGCAAGCCCAACGUCGUCAUUGGAUUGCAGGGCCAGUCUGACUCACCAACCAACCUCGCCUGCUUGCUCUAUUUAUUGUUCUACACCUAUUACUGA